UCGGUUCUGGACACUGUCAUGGCUGCUCGCUGCGAGCUGUUGGACGACCUUCCCGCGGCCUGCCUGUCUCCGUGCGGACCGCCCAACCCCACGGAGCUGUUCAGCGAGGCGCGGCGCCUGGCUCUGGAGCAGCUGCUGGCCGGCGGUCCCGACGCCUGGGCCUCCUUCCUACGGCGCGAACGGCUGGGCCGCUUCCUCAACGCCGAUGAGGUGCGCGAGGUUCUGGGCGCCGCCGAACGGCCGGGAGAGGAUGGCGCGGCGGUGGCCGAGGACUCGUUCGGCUCCUCUCACGACUGCUCGUCGGGCACCUACUUUCCGGAGCAGUCGGACCUGGAGCCGCCCGCGUUGGAGCUCGGCUGGCCCUCCUUCUACCGGGGUGCCUACCGCGGUGCCACGCGCGUCGAGGCUCAUUUCCAGCCCCGCGGCGCGGGCGCAGGCGGCCCGUACGGCUGCAAGGAUGCGCUGCGCCAGCAGCUGCGCUCUGCCCGAGAGGUGAUUGCUGUGGUAAUGGACGUUUUCUCAGACAUGGACAUCUUCCGAGACCUGCAGGAGAUCUGUAGGACGCGGGGGGUGGCUGUGUACAUCCUUCUGGACCAGGCUCUGCUCUCCCACUUUUUGGACAUGUGCAUGGAUCUGAAAGUUCAUCCUGAGCAGGAAAAGCUGAUGACGGUGCGGACCAUUACAGGAAAUAUCUACUAUGCAAGGUCAGGAACAAAGGUUGUUGGGAAGGUUCAUGAAAAGUUCACACUGAUUGAUGGAAUUCGGGUGGCAACAGGCUCUUACAGUUUUACUUGGACCGACGGCAAAUUAAACAGCAGCAACUUGGUAAUUCUGUCUGGCCAAGUGGUUGAACACUUUGAUCUGGAGUUCCGGAUCCUGUACGCCCAGUCAGAGCCCAUCAGUUCCAAACUCCUGUCCAACUUCCGGAUCAGUGGCAAGUUUGACCAUCUGGCUGACCUAAAGCCACAGUCGAAAGAGCGCACGCUAGGCAAUCUGCUGCGUAUCAGGCUGGCCAGACUCUCAAGUACUCCCAAGAAGACCAACCUGGGCCCAGAGGUGCCGCCAAAAGACAGAGCCAAAACCAAGCGCCAUGACUCUGAGACUUCCACCAUCAGCGAUGAAGACUAUUUCUACAGCCACAAGGACCAGCUAGAGGAUAGCAAGGCAGCUGAUGCUGCUACCCAGACAGAGCCAGGAGAAGAGAUGGCUGCAGUAAGCCUCAGUGAGGUGGGAACACAGACUAGUUCCAACAUGAUGUGUGUUGGGACCCAGACCACAGUUGUCACCAGGGCAGCGAGCUCCCAGGCCACAGUGUGGUCCCAGUCCACGGCCACGCAGACUGAAGACGAGGAGAGCCUCCUUCCUGAGGGUUCCCCGUCUAAAGAAGGGUCACCAGCAUCCAAGAUGUCGGUGUCGAGGUCUUCCAGUUUGAGGUCAUCCUCUUCUGUGUCUUCCCAGGGCUCACUGGCAAGCUCGGUCAGCUCCCAUGUUUCUCUGACAGGCGCUGAUCUCCACACUCCCGGAUACCCCAAGUACCUGGGUCUGGGCACCCCCCAUCUGGAUCUGUGCCUGAGAGACUCGUUCAGAAACCUGAGUAAAGAACGGCAGGUCCACUUCACUGGCAUCAGGUCUCGGCUCACCCAGAUGCUCACUGUGCUCUCAAGGAGAACGCUCUUCACAGAGCACUACCUCAGCUACAGUCCUGGAAGCUUUACCAGAGCUUCUACAAACCUGGUUUCUGUGAGGGACAUAGCACUUUAUCCUCCCUAUCAGUGACUGCUGGGUUCAGCCAGCCCUCUGUCCUGAGGCCGAGAGAGCCUCACAUGCAUGCCCCCAGCUACCCUCUUUCACCUGACACUGGGCCACCUUCGCCUUUGAUUCUGCAGCAUUGUUUGAUAUUCUUAAUUUUUGUUCUGUGGAAACCAUCUAUUGGUUUAAACACUAUAGGUACUUUUUCCUCGUUUGCACAAUUUUAAUAUUCUAUCACUACAUAGGUUUUUAAGGUUGGUUUGAGAGAUAAAUAUUGUUGUGUAUGUGUAUGUUCUCUGUCUUAAUGCUUUGAGUUACCACUGUUUUUAAAAUCAGAAUCAUAUUUAAAAGUUAAACACCAUUGUUUCUUAACUGACUUUCUCUUGAAUAUCUGUGUUCAUAGUAUUAAAUAAGUAUAGACAACUUUUUGUUUGCCUGGAUUUUGUUCUUCUUUCUGGCAACCUUUAUCUCUAAGGGUGUGUCAUAAAUAAAUGUACCAUAUAAGUA